AUGAAAGGAGUCUGGACAAAGAUUAGUUUUGUGAUUGUGGGUUUCCCGCAGGACGCAGAUGACCCGGACCCCUUAUCAUUUCCCAAGCAGUUCGCCGGCCCCCCCUUUUCGGCGAAGAUGGCUCAUUUACGCGAUAAUUAUCUUAAGAGUGUUGCCAGUGGAGAGAUUGUCCUGCCUGAGUACACAACAAUGCUGGGGUCUGUUGUUCUACACUAUAAGGAGGUCUUCUGCCGGGUAAAGGACUGCUAUAAGGCAAAGAUAGGUUAUUCCACAAUUGGUUGGCAAGCGGCUACUAAUCAGUUGCCAAUUGAUUAG